AUGUACUGCAAAACCCACUAUAAACAGCUGUUCAAGUCCAAAGGAAACUACGAUGAGGGAUUUGGAGAAAAGCCUCACAGAGAGCUUUGGAGUACAAAAAAUCAGAACACAUCAGAAAAAGUUAAUCAAAUUAGUAAUGUAUCUCCAGUGAAAUCUGAUAACAAAGUAUUGCAGGUCUCAAAAGAAAACGACUCGUUCCCUGAUGAGAUGAAAGAAACAAGUAAGCUGAACGAUAAUGCAAAUAAGCCGACAAGUAAAAUUGCAAUUGUUUGGCCACCUCAAAGUGAAACACCAAAGAAGAGUUUUACUCUGGAAGAAGAACUCAAAGUUGUCAAGCCUAAUUGGCCACCUACAGAGGAGUCACAAGAAACUGAACUGAGCAACCAUGACGUCGCUAAUGAAAACCAAAGAGAACACGGUGUUGAUCCGAUGAAAGCCUUACCUAAAGAGAAGGACUCUGAGCAACCAAUGGCAACCGCUCAAGUACCAACUGAUGUUUCAGUAGCUGUAGAGAAAGGACCCAAAGUCACAGAUGGUAUAGAAAAAAAAGCAGAAGAAGCAGAAGGCAAAACAGACAUAAAAGACAAGAAAGAGGUUUUGGAGGUGAAUGGAGACAUGAAUUAUAAUGAAGAAAACGAGAAUGUGGAAAAGAUGAAGGAAGAUGAACGUGAGAACAAGGAAAAUGAGGAAAGUGGAAAAACAGAUGGUGUAAAGGUGACGGUGAUAGACAGUAUGGCUACAGGUGAACAAUCAGCAAAUGGAAAUGCAAACAAUAACAACAACAACAACAACAACAACUGUCUCCUGUUACUAGAUGUCGGUGAUCCUUGGAUGGGUUCCGACAAUGUUAAAGCAGAGUCAGAUACUUUUGAAAUCUACUUACCUUCUACUCAGGAAACCAACACCAAAGAGGAAGUGAACUCCAUAGAAGAUCCUGACAUCAAAGAAGACAUGAAUGCUCCUGAGAAAACCAACACUGCCGAGGAAAGCAACACCAAAGAUGAAUCUGACACCAAACAGGAAACCAACACCAAAGAAACGAUGCGUGCUAACCUACUGCUGUUACUACAAGACGAUGAUCGUCCACCUCCAAGUGCCAAUGAAGGGAAUGUAUCAGAUGAAAAGCUAGAGCACCAUUCAGAUCAGCAACCAAAUUUCAGUGCCUCACAAUUUCUAGACGAUAUAUUUGCAGGUUUUAGCGACACCACAAGCCUUUUUUCCAAGGAUGACUUUAACACCAGUGCAAAACCAUCAACCACUCUCCUUGACGACCUUAUGGAUUUUGGAAUAGAGACCAAAGAGGAAUCAGGUGUGAAAACACUGGAGAAGACAAGCAUUGAUUAUUCUAACUCCAAAGCCAGCCACCUGUGGGGAGAAGAUCCGCAAUCGCUGUCUGUAGAGGAACAAAUUAAACGGAACAGAUUUUAUGAGGAUGAUGAUCUCUGA